GGGCGGGGGUGUGCAGUUGCGGUGAUUACUGUAACCCUCCGCGUCAUGUAACCAUUCAGGCUGAUAUUCGACCGAGUUGUAAGCCGCAUGCACUGCUACUGUUUACCCGAUCUCGUGUCAAUAAAAGACCUACAGUGGGACGCUGGGAAAAGUGCAGUGUUGGGUGUGUGUUAGUUGGGAUUUAGACUUUAAGGUGUCUGCGCGAGGUACGAUUUAUCCAAUAAAUUUUAGAUCCUUCGUUUCUUCUUCUAAUAUCACGUGAUCGAAUAAUUACAUUAUUUCGUUUUCGUUUUUUUUUUUUUUGUUUUUUUUUUUUUUUUUUUUUUGUUGAUUUUUUUUUUUUCUUUUUUUUUUUUUUUAAAUUUUUUAAAACGUUACAACAGAGUCACAUGAUCAGUACUUGAAGCCAGUUAAAGUGAAACAUGAAUCACGAAUUCCUCUUCAACAUUAACAGGGCGGGGGUGUGCAGUUGCGGUGAUUAAUGUAAACCUCCACGUCAUGUAACCAUUCAGGCUGAUAUUCGACCGAGUUGUAAGCUGCAUGCAGUGCUAAUGUUUACCCGAUCUCGUGUCAAUAAAAGACCUACAGUGGGACGCUGGGAAAAGUGCAGUGUUGGGUGUGCGUUAGUUGGGAUUUAAACUUUAAGGUGCCUGCAUGAGGUAAGAUGCUGUUAGAUUUAUUUAUUUUUUUUUUUCUACUUUUUUCUUUAGUAUUUAAGCAGACAAUAGUUAACUUUGUAGAUUCGGUAUGUUAACGUGCGAUAUGUAGUCAAAUCAUGAAAUGUAAUGUAGCAUAGCUAAGUUUUAUAACGCAUAUAGUAAUAUCACUUGUAAAAAGAAUAUUAUGUUAAAACCAUAAAGUAUGGUUUUCUGAAUGGGUUGACAUAAAUACUUUAAAAAUAAAUAAAUGAAAUGUCAAAGGUUAAACAAGAGCUGAUAAGUAAACAAAUCUAUGAUUCCGUAUUCUCUUAAUUUUCUUUACACCCCGACCCCCCCCCCCGGACCAGCCCCAGUAAAAAUUGUUAGAAUUUAAUUUUUUUUUUAAAAACAUUUUUAUGGGUGAGUAAUAUAAAUUUUUGUAACCAUUAGAAACCCUUCUUUUGUUUUGUCAAUAUCAGCCAAAAACUUAGAAUAUUACUUCACAUAUCAAAUCUUCCAUCUUCUUUCUUUUUAUAACUCCUUAUAAUCGUGCGCGUUCAUUCCUCUUUAAAAAAAAAAAUUGAUAUUUUUACCACACACAAACAUUUUUUUUUUUAAAAAUAGCAUAAAAUACGGAUUAAAAGUUAUUUUAGCUUCACGUUUUUUUUUAAAAAUUAUUAUUUUUAAUUAUCAUUUCCUGCAAUAAUUACAAAAAGCAAAAAAUUUAAAAAAAAAAAUAAAAACGAAGGAGUUUAAAACUGAAAUACAGCGGUCGCUUACAAACAGCAUUAGUUUAUCUACAUAGCAUUUACCAUGGGUUUAAUUGUAGGUAGCACCGCCUGCUUUGACACUGUAAUUCAUUUCAUAGCAUUGUCGGGUCGUUAAGACGGACAUCGUAUUAUCAGUUAAUGAUAAGGCUGCUGUAUUCCAGCCAACCGUUUGUUUUUCCUCGCGUGUUAACACCACUCAUUAACGUCACGAUGAGUCAAUAUUUGUAUUGGGGCGUGUAGCUCUCUAAGGCUCAAGGGGAGCGUCGAUACUGUACUUUUCAUUUCAUUAGCUGUGGGAAUAUCGACAUCCAGUUCAACAGAACGCUACAUUUGCAAUGAUAUUUAAGUACAUCACUAUUUAUGAUUCAACCGAUGUUUUUUGUCAUUAUAAUAAUAAUUUAAAAAAAAAAAAAAAAAAACGAUGCCACGAAUAUCCGUCUUUAGAUAAGUUUAGAUUUGUUUCUUUUGUCAUUAUUAAAUUUUUUUUUUAAAUUUCUUUUGUCUAUUUCUAUAGUUAACGUUAAUCUCAAUAUUACCUUUGCCAUUGUUACUUUGGUAGGUACACAGUUCUGGUGCCAUCAUGAACAGCAUAUCACCAUUACGUGCAAUCAUGAUUCUGUGCGUCCUGACCACUGUGCACGGUAAGGACAUUUGGACCCUGGGGAUACAAUUGCUCUCGGGGAUCGCUGAGCUGGGCGCAAUGGGGUUCGCGGGGGGGGGGGGCAAUUAGAAUAAAUCUUCAGAUGAAGUAUCCGCCAGCGGUCUCAUUGGACUGUGUGAAAACAAGACCCUUGGUCUCUGCACACAAUCGAAAGCGUUGUUAGUUUCUGUAGGAGGGUGCGUUGUGAGUUCCCCACGCCGCUGCGUCAGCCUAGCCCUAAUUAAAACCGCAAAUGUUUUGUUUGUUUGAUAUUUUUUCUUUUUUUUAAUGUUUCUAAACCACAAACCAUUUAAACAACUUUUUUCGUAAAGUCAUGCAGCCUCCUGGAUAAGAAACGGAUAUCCAUAUUGUUUUAACGAGUCUAAAAGUAAUAUCUGUCUCGUGGAAGGAGACUUUAAGCCGAUACAAUCAUUGCAUUAGUCUCGUUCACCAAUGCCUCACACAGCCGGUUUGACGUCGUGGUUUGUGUCAGAUUAAUUUACGCCAUGAAAACAAGUUUAAUCCAGUAGCGUAGUUCAGAGAUGGUAUUCUGCGGCCACUCAGUGGGAUGACAUUCGCUGUCCACCUAGGUUUUGUGAAAAACAACAUGUUUUUUUUUUAAAACCCUAAGUCCAAAGUUAAAAGCUACAAGUUGCAAGUUGACAUCUUGAAAUUUUAAAGGACUUCUUAAAUUAUUUUCUGAUCUGAAACUUUGAUGAGCAAAGUAUCUCUGUUUUUAAGUAAGUUAUUUAACUUUCCAUUUUUUAAAGCUUUAAAACGUAACUUAAUAAACCUUUUAAACAACUAACCAUAUUAAUGUUUAGUUUUUAAUGUGUCCGUGCUCUUGAUGUAAGUAUUUUAAAUUAGGCCUUAAUAUAAUUGCAACGGACAUUAACAGUUCGAAAGUUUCGUUGACUAAUAUUUUUGUUCUAUUUAUUGAGACGAAAAUAGUAGUCCUGACAUCAGAUUCUCCUAUGAAUCCUGACAAACUCCAAUACAUUUGAUUGGCUUCAUUCGUCAUAUUUUUUUUUCCCCACUUUCAUUCGUAGAAUUAACACUGAAAUAAACACAAGUCCUUUUUCAAGAGUAAUGUAACUUUAAGCUAUAAAUAUAUAUAACAUACUAGAUUUAACCAAACACUUGUACAGCGCAGCUCGCUACAAGAGAGAAAUAAUACACAACCAACCCCUACAAUACAAGGUUCUUUCGGCGACUGUUGACGAACUUGGACUAACGCCAAAAGACAGUAUAGACCACACGUCAUUAGCACCGUAAAAAUACCUGACCGAGUUACUGACGGGAAGAACAGCGUUCAUGAACUAGCAACUCUCUUAAAAGCACACCGCACACGAUAAAAACCAUGAUACGAAGCGUAAGAAUUAUUAGUGAACUCCCAUACCCGAGAAAAUCCUACAUUUUCAACCGACUUUAAAAGCAAUAUCAUUUAAACUCAUAUUCGGUAUUUUUUCAUUGGUGUGCGAUUAAUCAUGAGAAAUGGUGGUUACAUAACAGACCAUAUACGUUUAUCAUUUUAACUCAAGGUCUUCCUGUCUUCAUGUGCUAACAAAUUGCUCUUUCAGAUAGAUCUACGUCUAAAUCGUAUACAAGAUCACAAUUAAAAAUCUUGAAUGGAAAUGAGAAUGACAAAAUAAUGUUUACACAAGCAGCAUGUCCGAAACAGUCUACAUCAUAUCACUGUAAAAUCAAAUUAAAUUCAAUUAAAUCUAGACACCACCAAACACGUUCAAAAUAACUAAGACAUAUAUUUUUUAAUUCCCUCUUAUUCUAGGACUAUCACGCAGGGUAGUUUGUCAAAGAGCAUGUCCCAAGCUAUACAGUCCCGUGUGCGGAACUGACGGCAUCACGUACACGAACCCAUGUGAACUGACAGUGGCCGCCUGCAGCAACAGCCGUGGGGUCAGUAUAAGUCUGGCUUACGGCGGCGAAUGUCAGAAGCCGGUUAUAACCCAGGCGGUGAACCCAUGCACAGUAAGCUGUCCCGAAAUCUAUGCACCCGUCUGUGGUGCUGACGGUCACACCUACCCAAGCGUUUGCUAUUUGAAGCUGGAAAACUGCAAGAGGAAAGGGAACCAUCAGGUGUCGGUUGUCAGUGAUGGCCCUUGCCGAGGUCAAGUGAAUCCGGCACCGCUCGAGGAAUGCCCGACGUUCUGCACGUUUGAUUACACACCAGUGUGCGGCAGCGACGGGAAAACCUACGGCAAUUUGUGCUCGCUGAACGCCGCCAACUGCGGAAAGGAUGACGCGGAUAAAGUCACGAAAGCCUACCUAGGGGAAUGCACCACGAACACCCGAUCCUCUGAUUGCAACAUGCGAUGUUACAAGAUUUACGACCCUGUAUGCGGAAGUGACGGCGUGACGUAUGCAAGCGCUUGUUACCUAAACUCCUCGAACUGCGGAAAGGCUGAUAGCGACAAGGUCACUUUGGUUCACGAAGGUCAGUGUGCGACCACACCCGCGGCUCCCGUCGAGAAAGUAGAAUGCCCCAUGAUAUGUCCGGCAAUAUACGCCCCUGUCUGCGGAAGCGACAAUUUCACCUACGCCAGCGCGUGCAAUCUGAACGCCGCAAACUGCACCAAGCCGAGCAACGCUAAGAUCGUGGGCUUCUACGAAGGGGAGUGCAGGUCAACCAGGGUCACCGUCGACUGCCUUCAGAUCUGCCCCGCCAUCUACGCCCCUGUUUGUGGAAGCGACAGCGUCACGUACGCCAGCAUCUGCAAUCUCAAGGCCGUCAACUGCAGCCGGCCGGCCAAUGCAAAGAUCAGGUCUUACAGCAGCGGGGAAUGUACCGCAGCCACGGUCACACGGCCCUGCCCCAAGCUCUGUGCGAUGGUCUACAACCCCGUGUGUGGUAGUGAUGGCGUCACUUAUCCAAACGAGUGCACGUUUAACGCACGCACCUGUGGGAGGUCUGGGAUAACCAAGGCGUACAAAGGCGAAUGUCGGAUAAACGGCUGGGCGGUUAAAAGCAUUGGCUAAAGGUUAUUGUUUUAAGAAUUCUUCCCCCUCCCACUUAAAGUUUUAGAUGCGAGAAAGGCCUACUUCUAUCAAUUCCUUAAAGUUAAGGGGAUUUGUAAUUAUGCUACUAGGACAUUAAAAAGUAUAUACUCAUACUAGGUUUACAGAGGUAUUCCCGUUUCUGAACAGGUUCUUUCUAUCUCUAUACACGGUAUGCAUUUUCAAAUCUCGAUUAUUUACAUAACGGUACAAGCUGCUAUAUUAAAAAUGUUAAAAAUUUAAUUUUCAUUCUUUUAAUUUCUGCUGUGUUAUAGUAAUCAUAUAUGUUUAUAUAUUUUAAUAAAUGAGUUCAACUUUGGUAGGCCAAAAGUAAAAUGUAGUAGUCCCGUGGUCGAAUUGAAAAGAUGAUAUUGGGGGUUUAACCUUCUCGCAGUCUCCCCACUGCCUGGAUAACCCCCAACCCCCCUUUUUUCCGAAACUUUUUAAUUUUAAAAAAAGUAUUCUUUUAAACUCUUUUUUCCCAAUGUUUUGUUGAUAUUGUAAAAAAAGACGAUAUUAAAUAUAUAGAAAAAAUGAAAACAAAUAUUGGAGGAAAAAACACACCUCAUUACAUUUUAGCUACCUUCAAUUUAUUUCAAAUGUAAAAUCGUAUCAGCUUCAUGAAUUAACAAAUCGGAAAAUCCAUUUGCAAAAUAAAAAUAAAUACAAUAA